AUGGAUGAACUGUCGACUACAACGAACCAAGUGGAUGAAGUAAUCUCUAGUGCCUUACAUUGUUUAACACGAAUUCUCUCUUCGCCAUGUAUUUCACUUACUCCAACAGCAUCAUCUUCAUCAUUACCCUCUUUACCAUGUCGCAAUUCAUCAAUUUCCACUCCGAAUCGUUCACUUCAACCAGAAAUCAUUGUUCGAUGUCGAUCGUCAAGUCGAAAUAAUCGUCGCGAAAAAAAUCUACCUUUUCACCAUACGAUACCACGUUGUUCAUUACCAGCUACAAAAAAUGAUCUUGUUCAUUAUGAAUCACAUCUAUCUACAUCGAAAAGAUCAACUCAUGGACGAUGCCGAUCUUCUCAUAACGUCAAUCGCCAACCGUCUUUUGAUAUUCAAUAUUCAUUCAGUUUGAAUACACCAUGGUCAACUAGAGUUGACAAACAACGACACCACCACCUACUAAAUAUUCAAAAUUUUGCCAAUGAACUAAUCGAACAUUCAAUUCGUGCUGCUUUCCUACAGAUCGAUUACCAAAAUAUAACAGAUGAUAGUUCUUCAACCUAUGAAGAUGAUACAUCUUGUCUCUUGUUUGAUCGUUCACCAUCGUCUAUUCCUAUUGAACGUAUUCAAGUGAUUACUUCCUAUGCUGAUCAAUUUGUUCAUAAGACUAUUCAACAAUCAAUUGAGGAAAUGUCGUUUUCCACGGAUAAUAUUGUCGUGCACAUAUCAGAUUGUCUUGUAGAGAAUGCUAUUACGGACGCUCUAUUAACUUUGACAGGUGAUGAAAUCUAUUCUCAAUCUCUUCUAACAGACGAUGAAAAACAUACAAGAAAAAGCCAAAAGCGAUCAAUAGAAACUAUUCGAUUGGUUACUAACGAAAAUACGGAACUACAAGCAAGUUGUUUUCAUCAGAUACGUCAUCGUUCAUCCUCAGCAUUUCGUUCUAUACUAAAUAACAAUACAUCUCCAACAAAUACGGUUGAUUCUGUUGUAAAUAAUCUCACUCAACAAAUCUAUACAGAUUCAUUCGAAGAACUGCAGAGAAUUUUUACCAAAACCAGCGACGAAGAAUAG